AUAAAUUCGCCUUGUAUGAUUUAUCACUUAGUCACUUUGGGCGAUAUUAAAAAUAAUUUCGAUAAUUAAACCACCUAGCCAUUUGCGAAUUUGAUGUUGAUACCUUGAUACGUUGGUCAGUGUAUUCUUUGUAAUUAUAUAGCAAUAAUAGAAAGGCGCCGAAGACCUAGUAAUCGGCCAAUGGCGAACUAAAUCGGUGGUAGGAAAACCCAGGAGUUGCGUGUGUCAUGUGUUGCAUUAUGUAGGCUCGAAGCAGAAAUACGUUUACCAAGGUCACUACAAGCAUUUUAGAUGUGGCAUGUUGAUUGCUAUCGUCUGUCACACGCAAAAUGGUUCCAUCGCAACAUGAAAGGCGUUUAUUACUACCGCAAAGAAAUCGUCAAAAUCUUUCAGUUACCUUAUUUGCUUCAGAAUCUGACUUGGAUGAUGUUGAGCUUAGUGGAAAUGACUGCAGUGAUGAAAUACACUUUGCAGAACACGGACGUGCCAAAUAUACAUUUUCAGUCUCUGAUAUGAUGAAACCAUCCAGACGGCGGUUUCGUUUGCGUCCUGUGGCGCGCAUGUUCUGCUGUAUAAUGCUGGCACCAGUAUUGCUAUUAAUGCUAUACAUGCCGCUAUAUCCGAAUAUGCUAACGCGGCAAGCUGCACUACUCGAUUGGGGCUACAAUACGUCCAGAAAUAUAGCUGAUUACGUGCUGGCAGAGAACAAUACCGUAAUUUUAGAACCCCAACAUGUGUGUCACAAUAAGUUGUUCCUGCUUGUUGUUGUGUGCUCUAGCAUACAGAACUUUGCGAUGAGACAAAUCAUACGUGAAACCUGGGGAAAUACGACACAAUUUAAUUAUGGCAUGUUCAAAAAGCUGCACCGACGUUUUCAAGGUCAAUAUUUGGAUCCUACACCAGAACGUAUACAAUAUUACAGCGAAUAUUUAAGUCUAUCAGAUAAUGUUACAACGACUGUCCCCAACAUCGUACCGGUAAAAGUUUACUUUUUGCUUGGCCGAGGCCGACCGGACGUCUAUGCGGCUAAUGAAACGAUGGCGCUUAUACGCACAGAAUCCGAGCAGUAUGGUGAUAUUAUACAGGAGAAUUUUAUUGAUACGUAUAACAACUUGACAUUAAAAUCAGUGCUAGCACUAAAAUGGAUGAUUCACCGGUGUUCACAACGUGCGACAUUCUUUAUGAAAGCUGAUGACGAUACUUUCUUAAAUAUGCCCAAUCUUUUACAUUAUUUACUUGGUGGCACACUGCCGCUCUACAACGAAACUUUGGAUUUGUAUGAUUCACACACAUAUCGAGUACUAUCACCUCGCAACCGUUUCAAUAGAACUUUGAAUUAUCUGGGUGGGCAUUUGUUUUGUUCGUCGCGGCCCGUUUCAGUGCUUAGCAAUAAAUGGUAUAUGCCAUACUAUAUGUACCCGGGUGAUAAGUAUCCGCGCUAUUUAAGUGGGUCUGCGUAUGUUAUGUCGUCCGAUGUUGUAUCGCGCCUUUAUGAGGCAGCUCUGAAUACAACCUUCAUACACAUCGAAGACGUUUACUUGACGGGCAUGUGCGCGGAAAAAAUACAUUUGCCGCGACGUCACAACGCGCUAUUUAGUUAUACGCGUGCAAAGGAUUGGUGCAGCUUCCGUGGCACUAUAACACAGCACGAAGUAAGGGAUGACAACAUGCUAGAUGCCUAUUUAUUCGUAACUAAUACGAGUUUGUAUUGUGCGCCUCCUGCCAUGUAUAUGACGAAAAGGUUGCGUAAGAAAGCUGGCUGUGUCUGAGUGCAUAAAAAAGACUGUUAUUGAAAAGUAUAUAAUUUAAUUGGCUAAAUUUUUUUUAAUUUUCAUUUUGAUUUUAUUUUGUUUAGUUUAUAAGUCGCUUUUGCACCACCGUCGUAAAGUUUCAUAUACUCUAUGAAUACUCUAUGCUUCGCAUUAGAUUUAAAUAGAAAAAAAUGUUCGCAGGUUAAUUUAAUACUAAUUUCAAUUUAAUUAUGAUUAAUACAUAUUGUCAAAGCACCUUAACUAACGCCUAUCAAUCCCUUUUGAUUGGUUAAAUUGGUGAAAUUGUAUAUGUAGAUUAUGAAAAUACUAAAAUGCAAGAUAGAUGUAUGUAUAUACAAAUGCAUGCCCCCUUUAGACAAACAACCUCUCUGAACUUAGUACUGUUUUGGUGGUGCUCUCCUUAUACCUGUUUCGGUGACCAGUGAAGGUUUUAUCCAGGAUUCCCAUUUCGGUAAGUUGCAAUUAACGGCAACGGAUAGGGUCACCUUCCGACCUGCUUGUGCUUUUAGACACAUACGGAAUAAACCUCACGGUAUAUUUCCUUAUGCUACACUCACCAACAGGGGCUCACAGUUUGCACGGCGCCAACUUUUCGCCAUGCGCCUGUGCUUAUCCAAGGCACCCGAGAGGGAACUUCCAUAACUUCCCUUUUCUCUCGAUUGAGUCAAAUUGGUUGUUUUGUCAAAAGUAUUUCAACGGUCUCUGUGCCAAAUUGAUAAAAACUUGGUUGUAUACUCAAUUAAUAAAAUUUAUAAGAUGUAUUAAAAACUUUUAUUAGACAAAUCUGAAAAUACGUCAGUGUUUAAUUUCAGUGUAUUUAUGUUAAAUAUUUAUUUCUAGCCAUAUCUAUGUGCUCUUUUAAGUACUUAAAGAACAAAAAUUGUAUUCAAAGUAUCUAUUACUCAAAACAUCAAGGCAGUAUAUACAUAUAGCUCGUUAUAAAGAUAUUAUUAUUGUUAAUCUAGGAAUUAUUUGGACAUUCUGCUAGCACUUUUUCGAUGUACACACUACUCACAAAGGAAUACAUAUCUACAAUUUGUACUGUUAUUUUUUAAGCACAAUUGAUUAUUUUAUAAAAUACAUUUUAACACCCUCAAAAGCGUACAA